AUGGUGACCGUCGAGGAGGUUCGCCGGGCACAAAGGGCCGAGGGACCGGCCACCAUCUUGGCCAUCGGAACAGCCAUUCCUCUUAAUUGUGUUGAUCAAAAAACCUAUUCUGAUUAUUUUUUUCGUGUCACUAACAACGAGCAUAAAAUGGAGCUUAAAGCAAAGUUUAAGCGCAUGUGUGAUAAAUCAAUGAUUAAGAAGAGAUACAUGCAUUUAUCAGAAGAAAUUUUGAAAGAGAAUCCUAGCAUUUGUGAACACAAGGCACCUUCCUUUGAUGCCAGACAAGAUAUUGUAGUGGUUGAAGUGCCAAAACUUG